ACAUUUGAAUAAUGAUUUAUGGAGGAGAUUAGUUCUCCAUGACCAAAGAAAUGGUUCAAAUCCUAAUUAAAUGAAGUCGUAAUCUCAACAACCCAGACAACUCAAACCCAUUGAAUUGCUAAUCAAGCCCGAGGAGUUAGCUCAAGCGGUGAAGAUCGAUGCGGAAAUGGUUUAGGGUUAGACAAGGUCAAGGUAGUAGGGGUGUAUCUUUAUAGCAAACUGAGAUUUGGGUUUUGGAAAACAGAAAGUGGCAACAUGUUUGGGACAGCGAUAAGGUGUAUUGCGAGGAAACCAAAACCGCAGAUGAAACCCAUAGAGCUCAAAACCCCACCUGAGCAGACGCAGACCAUCACUAGGGCCAUCUUCGAUAUCGUCAAGGAGCAUGGUCCUCUCACCAUUACUGAAACCUGGGAUCACGUUAAGGAAGUUGGGUUGAGAGGAUUGACGAGCAAGAGGCACAUGAAGAUAGUGUUGAGGUGGAUGAGGGAGAGGCAGAAGCUUAGACUAAUUUGCAACCAUGUAGGGCCUCAGAAGCAGUUUCUGUAUACGACUUGGUUUACAAAGCCCAAUCUCAGGCAGCAGGGAAAACCAGUAAAUGAUUCUCCACAACCCAAGUCUCCUUGAAGUCUCUGGAUUAUUAGCUUAAGAGUAUUGCUCUACCGUUAUCAAACUUCGAGUUGUUUUGCUACAACCAUCGUUGUAAAACUAGAAGCUAAAGGGCUAAGUUGUAAUGGUCUCUCUUUCCAACUUGUCAGUGAUUCUUAUUUAGAUAAUGGUUUGGAGAC